AUGGCUUACGUCUAAAUUGUAACCGCAAAUGUCUAUCUACGUCUCGGUAAUUCGUGAUUUUCUUCUCUGUUUCUUUUUCCGUUGAAGAGGAAUAUCUGCAAGAUGGGUAAGGUUAAGUGCACCGAGCUGAGGACAAAAGACAAGAAGGAGCUGCUAAAGCAGCUGGAGGAGCUCAAGAUGGAGCUGACAAAUCUUCGAGUUGCGAAGGUUACAGGAGGAGCUGCUUCCAAACUUUCCAAGAUUCGAGUUGUGAGGAAGGCAAUAGCUAGAGUAUACAUCAUUAUGCAUCAAAAGCAGAAGGAGAACUUGCGGCUGUUAUACAAAAACAAAAAAUACAAGCCCCUGGAUUUGAGGCCAAAGAAGACUAGGGCACUCAGAAGGGCACUGACACCUUAUCAAGCUAGUAGAAAGACCCAGAAGGAAAUUCGCAAGCGGUCUGCUUUCCCUCCAAGGAAGUAUGCUUUAAAAGUAUAAGCAACGCGAUAUUGAUAAGGGGUAAAUAAAAAUUUUGUAAAAAUUCAA